ACUGGCGCCCCUGUAUGAAAUCUCCCCUUUGUUCAGCGGCUCUCUCUCAUGCCCUGCCGUCAAUAAUCGCCGCCCUCCUCAUCCUCCUCCUCCUCCACCUUCUCGUUUGACUUGCGUGUUUGUUGUUGUGCAGAGACAGCCCUCCAUUCCUCUUAACAUGAACAUGUAAACUGACCUCGACUUGCCACACCCCACUAUGCAGGCCACAACCACCUCCUCCGACGCUGCCCCGUCCGGCUACACACCCCUCGCAGGCCCCAUCUCCUCCGCACCAUCGCCGGUACCUCUCCUUCGACCGGCCAUCCCCGGCGCUCGGCCAGGCGGCCGGGCGCCGCGGCUGGGGCUCGCCAUCCCGCCGUCCCCCAAUGUCAAGCCCGUCGGCAACCCGGCCGGCCAGCCGUCGCGCCCGCCGCUGCCGAUCCUGCACCUGGCCACGCCCAUGGGCAGCACCGUCGCGCCGCACGAGCAGCCGGCCGGCCGGCCGUCGACGCAGGGCCAUAGCGCUAGCGGCGGGAGCGAGAGCAGCGCAGCCCAUAGCCGUAGCGGGAGCUUCGGGCCCCUCGACGGCCGCGCCAGCAACCCCACCAGUGCCGGUUCCCAGUACAGCGCGCUGUCGUUCGCGAGCCAGUACGGCAUCGGCUCCACAAGACCCCAAGGCACGCCAGAUCCGGUGUCGGCUGUCGGGUCCUUGUACUCGAACGCCAGCGAGGGAGGUGGCGGGGUGGGGAUGGAAAGGGAGGGCAGCCUGCACGGCCUGGAGGCAUUCGACAAGCUGACACUUGAGAAGGCAAGGACGCAGGAUGUGGAGGAGCUGGACGACGAGGGCUGGCGAAUCUCGAGCAUGGAGGGAAGGAUCACUGAGCUGGGGAGCUUGGGAGAGGGCGCCGGCGGCGCUGUGACAAGAUGCAAGCUCAAGGGCGGAAACACAGUUUUCGCGCUGAAGGUUAUCACAACCAAUCCGGACCCGGACGUCAAGAAACAGAUCGUCAGGGAACUCGGCUUCAACAAGGAGUGCGCAUCAGAACACAUUUGCAGGUACUACGGCGCCUUCGUUGAUCCCGCGACCGCCACCAUAUCCAUCGCCAUGGAGUUCUGCGAGGGCGGCUCGCUCGACAGCAUCUACAAGGAAGUAAAGCGGCUCGGCGGCCGGACGGGGGAGAAGGUACUGGGAAAGAUAGCCGAGGGCGUGCUCCGCGGCCUGACGUACCUGCACAGCAAGAAGAUCAUCCACCGCGACAUCAAGCCGUCCAACAUCCUCCUCUGCCGCAACGGCGAGGUCAAGCUGUGCGACUUUGGCGUGUCAGGCGACUUCGGCACCAAGGGUGAGGCCAACACCUUCAUCGGCACGUCGUACUACAUGGCCCCCGAGCGCAUCACCGGCCAGUCGUACACCAUCACCUCCGACGUCUGGUCCACCGGCGUCACCCUCCUCGAGGUCGCCCAGCACAGGUUCCCCUUCCCCGCAGACGGCACCGAGAUGCAGCCCCGCGCCGGCCUGAUCGACCUUCUCACCUACAUCGUCAGGCAGCCCAUUCCAAAGUUGAAGGACGAGCCCGAGGCGAAUAUCUUGUGGAGCGAUAACUUCAAGUACUUCAUCGAGUGCUGUCUCGAGAAGGAGCCCAACCGCCGGGCAAGUCCGUGGCGGAUGCUCGAGCACCCGUGGAUGAUGGACAUGAAGUCGAAGCGCGUGAACAUGGGCCGAUACCUGUCCCAAGUAUGGGGCUGGGAAGAGCAGGAGGUGCAGCAGGAACCCAGCGCAUGAGGCUCCCCUCGUCUCUUUCGCCCCUGACCUA